AUAUAGUGUUCUUUAUAAUAUAAUAAUUAGAUGGAAAGGAUGAAAAUUCCUUUAGUACUGUCGGGACUUCUGAUGUUGACGACAUUAACGUACUGUCAAGAAAAAUGUCGGAAAGAAGGAAAGAAAACAUGGUACUACGUUCACAGAGCAAAUAUUAGAAUUCCAACCUAUUAUUGUUUUCACAAUCCUGAGCAGGAUUCUCCCUGUGGUAAUAAUGCUGAGGUGAAACCUCCGUCACAAGAAAUUUUCCGUCACUGUACCUCAGAAGCAGCCAAUCUUCCUGGUAAAAAAUUCCAACACAUUCUCUGUGAACUACCAGCACACCUUGAUUUGCUCGAGGGUACAGUUAAAUUUGAAGGCAACAUGACCUGUCCAUACCAAAAAGGUUUAUGUUAUAAUACAAAUCUUUCGAAAAACAUAUUUUGGAUGAAGAAAUACACAUGUGAAAAUUUAGUUAUAAUACACAGAAACUACUUUAACGUUUGGACUUUUGGACAGAACGAAACCAAGUUCAUUAAAAACGAACAUGUUAGUUUACUGUUAACAAAAAAAUUUAAAUUAUGCGGCGUCGAGAUGUGGAAAACCGAUUACGAAGGCAUUGUUGUCUCGGAAAAUAAUGCCACAAUGCUAGAAACACAGAACAAACAAAAGUUAAACAGUAUCCUUAUACCCAAAGAAUGCGAUAUUACAAUCCAAAAUAAGCAAAUUCCUACAAAACCACCAAAAGUGUGGUUCGUUUACAAAUACCCAACUAACGUUACAGUUUACUUUUGCGUUGCGACCCCUAAAAACUCUUGCGGGGGUGGGAAUUUUGACGAAAUUACACCCGAAAAUAACUCCCACCUGUUGAGCAGGUGCGGUUCCUCGUUUGGCAUGAGUCAGCAAUUAAAUGUAGUCUGCAAGAAAAACAUGAAGAUAGAUUUUGAGAAAGAUCAAGUGACGGGACUUUCUUUGAACUGUAAGUACAGCGAAGGUCUGUGCUUGUCCAACAAAACGUUUUGGUCGGCCAUUGAUAGUUGUGGUGCUUUCCACAGUACAUUCAAAGGUUACGAAGAGCUAUGUGAGGGCGCCAAGUGUUUGAUUCAAGAAGAUAGAUCCAGAACACUUAGUUUAAGGAGGCAAGGAUUUUUGUGUGACGCGAAAGUGUGGUAUGUUGACCAAAACCACUCUUUCGUCACUGAAAAGAAAAUUUCCAACCCGAAAACGGAAAUCAAAGGUGAUUCUCUCAGAAACGCGAUCUACGAACACAGAAAGGAAAUCGGUUUUCUGCAAAAAUUGCUGAAUUACAUGAUUUUGAUUCUUAUAAUCUGUGGUGGGUGGUAUCUGUUGAACGUGGUAAUCAACUUUACUUCUUUAGUGAAAUCAAGGAAAUCUCGAACCAGGGGAAAAGUAUGUUUUAUAAACUGUAUUUCUCAAAGUUUAACGAUGCGUUAUUUGCGAUUCCAUCAAGAAGAAAAUGCUUCGAGGCCUUUAGGUGCUCGAGAAUCUAGCACAUACGCGUCUGUUGAAAAUGAAUUGUAUUGUAAGCGUGACAAAUGAAUAAGUGGAUAACUGUGUCAAAUAUACAUAUACAGGGUGUUCUCUUUAAAACUCUAAGCCCGUUAUCUCGAACACAAAAUUGAUAGUGUUGGUCUACUGUGAGAAUACAAAAAAUUUAAAUCAAAUUUAGGGACACGUAGUGUUAAAUAGAGUGUUAAAACAACGAACAUUCAAUUAUUUUCGAAUGACUACUUGAUCCUUCCACCGUUAAUGUGAUUUUUAGGU